GAGGCCCGGGCGGCCUCGGUUUGAAUGAAAUCCGGCUGAUUCAUCGCGGCCCGGAGCGCGGCAGAGCGGGAGCGGUCCGGCCCGUAGGAAGAAGACUUAACUAGUUUAUAGGCUACCAGGAAGUGUGGGGGCCACACCAGAGGUUAAGUAGCUCCCGCCAACUCUAUUGACCAGAGUGUGAAAGCUCUGACUGAGUGCCAGAAAUAUGGACAGACUUCUACGACUUGGAGGAGGUAUGCCUGGGCUGGGACAGGGGCCACCUACGGAUGCUCCUGCGGUGGAUACAGCAGAACAGGUUUAUAUCUCUUCCCUCGCACUGCUGAAAAUGUUGAAACAUGGUCGUGCUGGUGUCCCCAUGGAAGUUAUGGGUCUGAUGCUUGGAGAAUUUGUUGAUGAUUAUACUGUGAGAGUAAUUGAUGUGUUUGCUAUGCCACAGUCAGGAACGGGAGUCAGUGUAGAGGCAGUUGAUCCAGUAUUUCAAGCCAAAAUGUUGGAUAUGCUGAAACAGACAGGAAGGCCAGAGAUGGUUGUUGGUUGGUAUCAUAGUCACCCUGGCUUCGGCUGUUGGCUGUCUGGUGUGGAUAUCAAUACUCAACAGAGCUUUGAAGCCCUAUCAGAAAGAGCAGUAGCUGUGGUGGUGGAUCCUAUCCAGAGUGUAAAAGGAAAGGUUGUUAUUGAUGCCUUCAGGUUGAUCAAUGCUAAUAUGAUGGUCUUGGGACAUGAACCAAGACAAACAACUUCAAAUCUGGGUCACUUAAACAAGCCAUCUAUCCAGGCUCUAAUUCAUGGACUGAACAGGCAUUAUUACUCCAUUACUAUCAACUACAGAAAGAAUGAAUUGGAACAGAAGAUGUUGCUAAAUUUGCAUAAGAAGAGUUGGAUGGAAGGUUUAACACUUCAGGACUACAGUGAACAUUGCAAACUCAAUGAAACAGUAGUGAAGGAGAUGUUGGAAUUAGCUAAGAACUAUAACAAGGCUGUUGAAGAAGAAGAUAAGAUGACACCUGAACAGCUGGCAAUAAAAAAUGUUGGCAAGCAGGACCCCAAACGUCAUUUAGAAGAACAUGUGGAUGUGCUGAUGACUUCCAAUAUUGUCCAGUGUUUAGCAGCUAUGUUGGAUACAGUUGUAUUUAAAUAAUGAAUCUACUGUUGGAGUGCUUUCUGUGUGUAUUUGUCUGUUGUUAACACUCAGAAAUCAGGGACUGCUGAAGAUAUAUAUGGUUAAAUGAAUGGUAUCAUUUUCAGCACUAUAACAACUUUCAGUCUCUGUUGUGCAAUUGCUUCUGUUUUUGUCAGGGUCUUACAGAUUCCACAGCAGUUCAAGAACACAGAGGAGGCAAACUGUAUUAAGUUUUUUUCAUUUAAUAUUUGGGGGAAAAAUCAGUAGUACAUAUAUAUUUUGAUUGUUGCUACAUAAUAAAAAUACACUUACAAUCUAUCUAAUUUUUGGAAGGUGUUUUUCUGUCAAUCGGUAGGGUGGAUAGAUAUCAGUAUAGAAUGCUCAUGCAGGUAAAAACUUGGUUUCCUAUGUCUUGUCAAGAGAUAUUUUAAUAAGUGUGGUAAAUAACACUUCAAAUUACAGGAGACUUGCUUGAAUUACUGAGUAACCUAGAAAAAUAAAAACACGUACUUUGUCAGUAGUACUGUGUUCAAAAAAACAUUGUAAAACAUUAUUGUAAGCAUUUUCACUGCCUGAAAAAAAUAAAAUGACUGGAAGUCAGUCAUAAAGACAAGUCCUUAGCAAUGAGAGGAGGUUAAAUUAAAUCUCAAGUCCCACAGAAGAGUCCCAGUUGCAAAAAGAGACUUCUCAAGCCCCUUCCUGCUCUCAGGUUGUGGGAACACUCACUCAAAGGAAUUAUCUUUGUGCAUUUACCUUAUUUAAACCUAGCUCCUGUCUCAGUAAAUCCAAGCAGGUGGUUUUCAGUAUUAGGCAGCUACAGAGACCAGACUCACUAAUGUUCCUCUUACACUUUUGUUCUCACACAUUAUUCUGUUUAACUAAUGAAGUGAUUU